AUGAAGAAAUCACUGCUAGUGUCUGUGCUUUCUCUUCUUGUUAUUCAGUGCUGCUUGGCGUAUGAAACCAGACAUGGCAGGAAAGGAGGGCUGCUCAGAGAAACUUUUCCCAAGGGCUUCUUGUUUGGGACGGCCACUUCAGCUUAUCAAGUGGAAGGCAUGGCGGACAAGGACGGCCGAGGUCCCAGCAUCUGGGAUGUCUUCGUUAAAAUGCCCGGAAUUGAAGAGAAUAAUGCUACUGGAGAUGUUGCUGUGGACCAAUAUCACCGUUACAAGGAAGACAUUGAUCUCAUGGAAAAGCUGAACUUUGAUUCCUACCGCUUCUCAAUUUCAUGGUCCAGGAUAUUUCCAAAUGGAACCGGGAAGGUAAAUGAAAAGGGAGUUGCUUAUUACAACAGGUUGAUCAACUACAUGCUCGAAAGAGGCAUUACUCCUUAUGCCAAUCUUCAUCACUAUGAUCUUCCUCAAGCACUUCAGGAUAAGUACAUGGGAUGGUUGAGCCCUCAAGUUGACUUUGCCGAUUAUGCAGAUUUCUGCUUCAAAACAUUUGGAGACAGAGUGAAGAACUGGUUUACAUUUAAUGAACCAAGAGUAAUGGCUGCACUUGGGUAUGACACCGGAUUCCACGCGCCCGGAAGAUGCUCCAAAUCAUAUGGGAACUGCACUGCUGGAGAUUCUGCAAUUGAGCCAUACACUGUCACUCAUCAUUUACUCUUAAGUCAUGCAGCUGCAGUUCAGAGAUAUAGCGACAAGUACCAAGAAGAACAAAAGGGAAAGAUUGGCAUUCUCUUGGACUUUGUCUGGUAUGAGCCUCUUACAAAUUCAAAGGCUGACAUUGAUGCAGCUCAGAGAGCCAGAGAUUUUCAUGUGGGAUGGUAUAUUCAUCCCCUUGUAUAUGGUGAGUAUCCAAAAACAAUCCAAGAAAUUGUUGGAGAUAGACUGCCCAAAUUCAAAGAAGAGGAGGUCAAGAUGGUAAAGGGAUCAUUUGAUUAUGUUGGUAUCAACCAAUAUACUUCUUAUUAUAUACAGAAUCCACAGAAUCAAACCAAACCAACAGAGCUGGGCUACCAACAGGACUGGAAUGCUGGAUUUGUUUAUGAACGUAACAGAACGCAGAUUGGUCCAAAGGCAUAUUCUGAUUGGCUUUACAAUGUACCUUGGGGUCUGUACAAAGCGAUGAUGUACGUCAAAGAAAACUACGAAAAUCCUCCCAUUAUUUUGGCUGAAAACGGCAUGGAUGAUCCGGGUGAUGUGACCCUCCCUAUGGGUUUGUUCGACACCACAAGGAUGAAUUACUACAAGGGCUAUUUGAGGGCACUGAGACACAGCAUUGAUGAAGGAGCAAAUGUGAUCGGAUACUUUGCGUGGUCAUUGCUUGACAACUUCGAAUGGAGAUUAGGAUACACUUCAAGAUUCGGCAUUGUUUAUGUUGAUUACAACACCCUCAAUAGGUACCCCAAGAUGUCUGCCUAUUGGUUCAAGGAAGGUCUUCGCCGGAGCAAGCAUUAG